AUGGCCAGAGGAGGGUUCGCCGCGGCGGACGGCACCGGCGGCGACCACGGAUGCCCACACGGCUACGGCGGCGGCCGCGUGACGAUCUCCGUCGUGGUCACCUGCCUCAUGGCCGCCUCCUGCGGGCUCAUCUUCGGCUACGACAUUGGCGUCUCAGGUGGCGUGACGCAAAUGCAGUCGUUCCUGGAGAAGUUCUUCCCGGAGGUGCUAACGGAGAUGAAGGGCGCCAAGCGCGACGCCUACUGCAAGUACGACAACCAGAUGCUCACGGCGUUCACCUCGUCGCUGUACAUCGCCGGCAUGCUGUCGUCGCUGGUGGCGAGCCGCGUGACCAGGAGGGUGGGCCGUCAGGCCGUCAUGCUCAGCGGCGGCGUCCUGUUCCUCGCCGGCUCCGGCAUCAACGCCGCCGCCAUCAACAUCGCCAUGCUCAUCAUCGGUAGGAUGCUGCUCGGCUUCGGCGUUGGGUUCACUGCGCAGGCGGCUCCGUUGUAUCUCGCCGAGACAGCGCCGGCGAAGUGGCGUGGCGCCUUCACCACCGCCUACAACUUCUUCCUCGUCCUCGGCACGCUGGCCGCGACCGUCACCAACUACUUCACCAACCGCAUCCCGGGCUGGGGCUGGCGCGUCUCCCUGGGCCUCGCCGGCGUGCCGGCCACCAUCGUCGUGGUGGGCGCCCUCCUCGUCACGGACACCCCCAGCAGCCUCGUCAUGCGCGGCGACCCCGACAGGGCGCGCGCCUCGCUCCAGCGCAUCCGCGGCGAGGACGUGGACGUCGGCGACGAGUUCAAGGACAUAAUGGUCGCGGUUGAGGAGGCCCGUCGGAACGACGAGGGCGCGUUCGAGAGGCUGCGCGGCAAGGGGUACCGCCACUACCUGGUGAUGAUGGUGGCCAUCCCCACCUUCUUCGACCUCACCGGCAUGAUCGUCAUCUCCGUCUUUUCGCCGGUGUUGUUCCGGACUGUCGGGUUCAACAGCCAGAAGGCCAUCCUGGGCUCCGUCAUACUCAGCCUCGUGAACUUGAGCUCCGUCGCCGUGUCCACAUUCGUCGUGGACCGCGCCGGACGCAGGUUCCUCUUUCUCGUCGGCGGCAUCGCCAUGAUGCUGUGCCAGGUGGCGGUGGCGUGGAUACUGGCGGAGCAUCUCGGCCGGCACCACGCGACGGCGAUGGCGAAGAACUAUGCGUACGGGGUGCUGGCGCUGACGUGCAUGUACACGUUCAGCUUCGGCCUGUCGUGGGGGCCGCUCAAGUGGGUGGUGCCGAGCGAGAUAUACCCCGUGGAGAUCAGGUCGGCGGGGCAGGCCAUGACCAUCGCCAUCGCGCUCACCCUCUCCUUCGCGCAGACGCAGGUGUUCAUCACCCUGCUCUGCGCCAUGAAGUACGCCAUAUUCGUCUUCUACGCCAGCUGGGUCCUGGUCAUGACGAUCUUCAUGGCGGCACUGCUGCCGGAGACCAAAGGCGUGCCGCUGGAGGCCAUGCGGUCGGUGUGGGCCAAGCACUGGUACUGGAGGAGGUUCGUCAGGGAUGCCAAGCAGGACAGCCAGGUCAACUGCUUGUAAAAUGUACUAGUACCAUCUCUAGCUGGUUAGCGUGAACUCAAACCAAUGGUGCGCCGUAUAUAUGUGCAUACAUCUAACAAAUCAACGUAUCGUAGUUCGUUUCUGCUUGUAAAAUGUACUAGUACCAUCUCUAGCUGGUUAGCGUGGUUGACUGGCAUACAUCUAA